CGGGGAGUGCCGCCCUGGAAACGCUGUUUCUGCGAUGGACGUUGACCUGCCAGCUCGCAAGGAACGCGAACGUGUCCUCGCCCGUGAAAGACAACGCCGAUACAUGGCCGAUGAAGCUGUACGUGCGCAGCGAGCAGCAGCUGCUCGGCGGCGCAGGCAAGCUGACCCUAGUCUCGUCAAGGCCCAGACCGCAGCCGCACGCCAGCGCAGGCAAGCCAACCCAGAACUGAAGGCCCGGGAAGCGGCAGCCGCACGCCAGCGCAGGCAAGCCGACCCAGAACUGAGAGCCCGGCAAGCAGCGGCCGCACGCCAGCGCAGGCAGGCCAACCCAGAGCUGAAGGCCUGGAAAGCUCAGUACACGCGUCAGAAACGACAAGCUAAUCCGGAUCUUCGGCAGAGAGAAGCAGCAGCCAAACGCCAGCGCAGAGCAGCACAAGCAGAGGCUCGCCCCGAGGAACGCCGUUUGCGUGAGGUGGGAGGAGCCGACGCACGCUUCAAAGCUGACUUCCUCGACCGGAGCUUCGGCAACAUUUGCAAAGUGUGCGAACCUCUGUGCUUUGACAAUACGUUGACGAAAAUCCGCAACAUACGAAGUGAACAGUCGAGAGGCCACGCCAUGGCAGUGCUGCAACUAUUAUUCCCUGCAACAUCGCGAACAGAUUACAGUCCUGCCCCAACUAACGAUGAGAUUGGCCUCGUGUUGCCAAAGCGUGAACCUGAGGAAAUCGUCUGUGCGGUGGAUUGCUCGGACGGCUGUUUCCCGACUCACAUUGGUCCUGCCCCAAUUAAAGAUGAGGUUGGCCUCUUGUUGCCAAAGCGCGAGCCUGAAGAAAUCGUCUGCGCAGUCGACUGCUCGGAUGGCUAUUUGCCGACCCACAUGGAUUCGAGUGAUGGUAAUGCGGGACCCUACUCUCCCAAGAGUGAGAUGGAAGAGCUCGGCAUUACAACCGAGGGCUCCAACGCCCCUUCACUGCUUGGCCCUCCCUGUAAGUACCUGUUCGAUCCAAGCCACUGUGGCAUCAUAGCAAAAUUAUGACAUAUGACCUCUGGG